AUGAUCCUGGUAACAGAGCAGGGAGGGCCAGAGAAGGUGGAGAUGAGGGAGACCAGCCAUCAGGCCUGCAGUAACAGUCUAGUGAGGACUGAUAAGGGCCCCGGAGGGCAGGUGCAGAGGAACCACUAUGAAAAAGGCGAGCUGCCGGGAGCUCGGGAGGCCGUGCCCUCCGCGCGCCGGCCGCGAGCCCCGAAAGGCGGAGCCCCGAAAGGCCCGGCGGCGGGGUGCUCGGUGCCCGCGGGCCUGUCAUUCCGCGGCGGCCGUAACCUUCGCCGAGCCGCGCGCACGCCCGCCCGCCUGCCCCGGCGGCUCCCGGCCGGCCCGAGAGGACAAUGCUGGAGGGGAGGGAGCGCGGGGAGGGGAGCGGGCGGCGCCACGCGCGCCCACCGCCCGCCCGCCCGGGCCCCGCGCCCCGCAGGCACUCCCCGCGGGCAGCCGCUCCUGCGCCGGGCGCCGCCGGCCCAUUGUGCGGACUCAUCGCCGCGGCCUGCCGCCCGCGGGCCGGCCUCCCCCGGCCCGCCCGCUCGCUGCCCGCCUCCCCCGGCCCGCCUCCCCCGGCCCGCCCGCGGUACCUGCCGAGCGGCCGGGCGGCGGCGGCCGGCGGGCGCCUCCUCUCGCUGCGGCUCCGGGGCUGCGGCGCCGGCGGCCUGGCCUGCGCCUGACGUAAAGCGGCGGCGGCUCCGGCGCCACUCGGCGGAGGGCGGGAGGCGGCGCAUCGGCCGCUCCGCUCCGUUACCCGGCAACUGGCCUCAGCGCCCCGCCAGCCGGGCGCGCUCCAUAUCCUUCCGCCAUGCACGGAUUACAUCAGCGCCGCCCGCCCCGCCCCGCCCCGCCGGCCCCGCCCCUCCAGCGGGCGCGGAGCCCCGGGGGUUCGAGCCCGGCAGCGGCGAGGGCGCCGCUGGGAGCUGGCAGGGCUGCAAGCGGAAUCCCCCUCCGUGUGCGGGUGCGGAAGAGGAGCCGCUCCUUAGGAAGGGUGCGGGGGGGCUGCUCGUCGCAGAGGCCCCGACACUCCGCGCGGCCUCGCGGAGGCCCCGGCCCCCGGGGGACAGCGGGGGAGACGAGCGCCGCCCCACCCGCGGCCGGUGCAGCCUCCGCCUUCCGGGGCGCGCGCUCCACCUGUCUGCGCCCGCUUCUCGCCGCGUCCUGGGAUGGCUGGAGUUAAGUCUCCGUAGCUUGCCCACCGAAGGCGAAAACUGGAAGGUGGCGAAAAGAGAGGUCAGACCGGCUCUGCCGCGAUCUGCAGGCGAGCUGCCGGGAGCUCGGGAGGCCGUGCCCUCCGCGCGCCGGCCGCGAGCCCCGAAAGGCGGAGCCCCGAAAGGCCCGGCGGCGGGGUGCUCGGUGCCCGCGGGCCUGUCAUUCCGCGGCGGCCGUAACCUUCGCCGAGCCGCGCGCACGCCCGCCCGCCUGCCCCGGCGGCUCCCGGCCGGCCCGAGAGGACAAUGCUGGAGGGGAGGGAGCGCGGGGAGGGGAGCGGGCGGCGCCACGCGCGCCCACCGCCCGCCCGCCCGGGCCCCGCGCCCCGCAGGCACUCCCCGCGGGCAGCCGCUCCUGCGCCGGGCGCCGCCGGCCCAUUGUGCGGACUCAUCGCCGCGGCCUGCCGCCCGCGGGCCGGCCUCCCCCGGCCCGCCCGCUCGCUGCCCGCCUCCCCCGGCCCGCCUCCCCCGGCCCGCCCGCGGUACCUGCCGAGCGGCCGGGCGGCGGCGGCCGGCGGGCGCCUCCUCUCGCUGCGGCUCCGGGGCUGCGGCGCCGGCGGCCUGGCCUGCGCCUGACGUAAAGCGGCGGCGGCUCCGGCGCCACUCGGCGGAGGGCGGGAGGCGGCGCAUCGGCCGCUCCGCUCCGUUACCCGGCAACUGGCCUCAGCGCCCCGCCAGCCGGGCGCGCUCCAUAUCCUUCCGCCAUGCACGGAUUACAUCAGCGCCGCCCGCCCCGCCCCGCCCCGCCGGCCCCGCCCCUCCAGCGGGCGCGGAGCCCCGGGGGUUCGAGCCCGGCAGCGGCGAGGGCGCCGCUGGGAGCUGGCAGGGCUGCAAGCGGAAUCCCCCUCCGUGUGCGGGUGCGGAAGAGGAGCCGCUCCUUAGGAAGGGUGCGGGGGGGCUGCUCGUCGCAGAGGCCCCGACACUCCGCGCGGCCUCGCGGAGGCCCCGGCCCCCGGGGGACAGCGGGGGAGACGAGCGCCGCCCCACCCGCGGCCGGUGCAGCCUCCGCCUUCCGGGGCGCGCGCUCCACCUGUCUGCGCCCGCUUCUCGCCGCGUCCUGGGAUGGCUGGAGUGGGCGGUUUAA